AUGGCCGAGCAACUCGUACUCCGUGGUACCCUCGAGGGCCACUCUGGCUGGGUCACCUCCCUUGCCACCUCUCUGGAGAACCCCAACAUGCUCCUCUCCGGAUCGCGCGACAAGACUCUGAUCAUCUGGAACCUGACCCGCGACGAGACCUCGUACGGUUACCCCAAGAGGAGCCUCCACGGCCACUCCCACAUUGUCUCCGACUGUGUCAUCUCCUCUGACGGCGCCUACGCUCUGUCCUCAUCGUGGGACAAGACCCUCCGCCUCUGGGAGCUCUCCACCGGUGUCACCACCCGCCGCUUCGUCGGCCACACCAACGACGUUCUCUCCGUCUCCUUCUCCGCCGACAACCGCCAGAUCGUCUCCGGAUCGCGCGACCGAACCAUCAAGCUCUGGAACACCCUCGGUGACUGCAAGUACACCAUCACCGACAAGGGCCACACCGAGUGGGUCUCGUGCGUGCGCUUCUCCCCCAACCCCCAGAACCCCGUCAUCGUCUCCGCUGGUUGGGACAAGCUCGUCAAGGUCUGGGAACUCGCUUCCUGCCGCAUCCAGACCGACCACAUCGGUCACACCGGAUACAUCAACACCGUCACCAUCUCGCCCGAUGGCUCCCUGUGCGCCUCCGGUGGUAAGGACGGAACCACCAUGCUCUGGGACUUGAACGAGUCCAAGCACCUCUACUCUCUCUCCGCCGGUGACGAGAUCCACGCCCUCGUCUUCUCCCCCAACCGCUACUGGCUGUGCGCUGCCACCGCCUCCAGCAUCAUCAUCUUCGACCUCGAGAAGAAGAGCAAGGUUGACGAGCUGAAGCCCGAGUACUUGGAGGUUGGCAAGAAGAGCCGGGAGCCCGAGUGUGUCUCCUUGGCCUGGAGCGCCGACGGCCAGACCCUGUUUGCUGGAUACACUGACAACAAGAUCCGCUGCUGGGCUGUGACUUAUCCUAUUGUCCCCUUCGUCAUUCAUCUCUACGAAGUCGAAAUGUCGCAUUGCGACAUGACUGGAAACGAGGCACAUACGGAAGGACAUGAAAUCAAGACGUCCGAGCCUACAUUCCCCACUGAACAGACUUCUCUUCCUUCAACACAACCUUCCCGCCGAGGCAAAGUUCCAGCUGCUAGUGGAGACAAACAAGACUAUGAACAAAGUUCCACCCCGCAGGAGUUCGAUGAACCAAUUCGAUACUCCAAGGUACAGUCAGCUAGCAAUGGGGGCUUUCAGUGGAUCACCGGCAACAAACCUGGUGAUUUUAAGACCAAACGCGUCAUGCAAACUGUACGUCAGACUGCCAUGCGCAGUUAUUUGAAGGACGCAAGAAAUAUGGCCGAGUCGCGGACAAGUAUCGGUAGCCAAGAUGCUUUAGAACGUCGGUCUUUCCAGUCCUUGAAAGGCGAAGGUAAAAGAACGAGCGAAGUUCAGACGCCGAGCAAAGUUAUCUGGAAGACAGCAAAACCGAGCGUAGAAGAUGUGAUCGAUGGCUCAUCUACAGUCUCUACAACAUCCGAUCCUAUGGAAUCUGUGUUCUCUGCAGAAUCUUCAGGAACCUCAAUGACGGUAUCCUCUCGGAAGAGUACGAGUAGAUUCUCACGCGAGCAGGUCCACGUCAUGACACGAGUAUUCGUAUCUGUCAUACAGUCAGACCAAGUACUGGGACCAAUAUACGAAUCUGCCCGCAAUGAUCCCACUGUUGGGUCAGGAUGGUUACGUGGAUACAUAUGUGGAACUCUUAAAUUGUAUGCGGACAAUCUCGAAAACGAGGCAAAAGACCGCCUGGAACAUACUGCAUCGAAGCUUGUGCAUUUUCGAGCCAGUCACGUUGCUCAAUGCGUCAGUAGUGACAACAGGUUCACACAUGGAACAAUGAAAGACUCGAACGACAGCUCCGAUGACGAGGUUCAAGAACAGCCCAUCGACGAGCGGCAGUUCAAUGACGAUCUAGAUGCUUUCCGAUCGUUUUUGACACAGAGCAAUGCUUUUGCGAUACUUCGAGAUCAGACACAAUCGCUCUAUUCCUUUCAACCUAUCACAUCCGUCACCAAGAGUUCCAAAACCCACGUCAGAAAAGACACCCAAGAGCACACGGAAAGUGGUAGAUCCGAAAAAGGUCUCGUACGUAUGUUUAACGAUACAGCUAUCUUCAUGAUGACAAAUCUCCUUGUUUCAUUGGAAUGUCUGGAACCUCCUUUGGAGACUGGUUGGACACGAAUCAAGAUCGAAUGCCACAAAUGUGGUGAACGCUCCUUUGACGAUGUUCUAGAGCAUCACGAAGGCGGUAUAGCUCAGCUGAAACAAUGGAUGGAACGCGCCCUGAAUGCCACGAUCACCGUCGUCCACUCCAGUGAAAAGGCUACCUCCACCAGCGGUCGUUGGCACCCCCCUGCACUGGUACACAACAUACUUCGCGGGCUGCAAAACAUAUCCAGAUGGGGCAAAUCCCCGAGAAGUUCGGUACUGCCUGAACAUAACGGUCCACAGCUAGAAAGUGAGCCACGUAGAGCGAAAUCGCCCUCACCCGAAAGAUCGUCGCUCCGACUCAUGUCCUGUGUGCAUCGCAAUUGGGAACAUCGAAUCUUGCUUCAAGAUCGCGUAGACCACAUCAAACCCGACCGCGAAUUCUUCACAUUCUUGAAGACGCAGGUGCAGAAACGGCGCUCUCGUGUGAUGCGCAUCUUGUCUUGCAGGAAGAUUCAAGCGAUUCACUUCAAUAUGUUCAAACUUCGCAUGGGUAACAGAUUAGAAGUGCGUGAUCACAGAGAUUGCUGCAAAGCUAGCUGCAACUGCUUGCCUCCACGUGAUCAUCCAGAUUACGACUUCGCAUGCCCCCUGAACAGCACAUAUCCAGUAAUACCACCAAGAGCGUUCGCACACAUGCUAAAGCACACAAGACGAGACGUUCAUGAGGAUCAAACCCACAUCUCUAGAUGGGUACCAAAACGAAAAGGCACGACAUUAGAUGUUGAUCCUGAGACAGAACUGGCAGAUGCGUGGGGUCUCUACUUUGAGGAAGGUUGGGAUCCGAACGAUAUCAUGACGCUCUUCGGCCUGGUCUUCGUCGCCAGUUUGGUCUUCCUCGUAUGCUGGUCAAAGUACACAUCGGAUGUCUCUGCUGCGUCGGGUGUCAGUUCUUACAUGAUCACUGUAGCUGGCAUCGCGAUCUCCCUACUUGUUAUAAGAGCUGGUAAUAUGUAA